UAUUUUAUGUUAACGUCACCUGAUAUAAAUGAAAUAUUUAAUAUUGAUGAGAAAAUCCAAGAAAUCGAUACAGGUUUAGAUGAUGAUAAUGUAAAUAAUGUACUUGAUUCAAUUUUAGAUGCAACAGAUGGUGUUGGACACAU